CACACACAAAACGUACAUAUUUACACGUAAACUAAAACAGUCAUAUACGUAUGUGCUUUUACGUAUUUAUAGUGCCUUUACGUAUUAUCUGGACGUAAUUGCAGGAUCGAUACGUAUCUAAAUGUACGUAAAAUAUCCUAAAAUACGUACAGAUUAAACGUGUUCUGACCAGUCAGUUAUCCAGUAACAUUUGCUUAUGGAGCCGCUUUUUAUGAAGCGCUUUUAAUGCGCAUUAGAUUUAAUACUCACAUUAAAACACUUUGGCACGUUAAUGCUUACUUGCUACACAUCAUUAUACACUAUACGAUGUAAUUCCUUUGUUAAAAUAAUGAUCGGACGAAACUAGAGCAGACCGCGUUCCCGACCGGACUCAUUUCAGGGUUACAACAGAUUCUGAAUUUCUGCGACGGUGUUGACAUCUCUUCUCCAGAUCAAACUAAGAUAAUGGCGCAUAACGAAAGUGAAUUAACAGAAAUUCUCAGAAAAGGGCGCGCUGUUGCUGCAACCCUUGGAAAGAUAUGCGACCGCACACAGUUGGGUGCCGUCGUUAAAAAAGGCCAAACUGCAAAACUGGACAUGGACCUGGAUCACAAUGUCAAACAAGGGCAAACUAUAAUUCAGAACCUUAACAGUGAAAGUUCUGUAAAUGAUCUAAAUCGUGCUCUAACUGAAUCCGUAGAACUGUUUGGACGGCCAAACCAAAAUGGCCCAAAGGCAAAGAAAAAAAGGAUCCAGUCCAGCUUCAAAGUCAAAUGUCCACAAAAAGCAAAGCCUUCUACUACACAUGGAGUCAAAUCAAGGCCAUGUCCAAAGCCAGCAGAAUGUUAUCUAGACCAGGCUCCAGACCAGGCUCCAGAUCAUGAUUCUCUUGUAGGUGAGUUGCAAGAGCUUCUGUCAACUGCUAGUUCUAACCUCCACUUUGAGGGAACUCCACAUUCAACAUCUCUGCAUUGGGGUGCAAGGACAGCAGCUUCUUCUGAGAGAUGGAGGGAGGCUAGACCAUCUUUAAUCAGCAACAGGCUUGCAACAGAGCAUAUUAAGGAACAGCUGUGUUUGGAGUGCAAGAAGAAUGUGGCAGUUGUCAAGUGCAAAGACUGUUUGCCUAAGCAGUAUACCUGCAUUGACUGUGACACUGCAAUACAUCGUACACAAGUGUUCCACAACAGAACCACCAUGAUUUUCGGGUUCCACAAGGCUGUACCUCCCACCAUUGUGGUGAAGCAGGACUCUGAUGGGCAAUACUUUCACCAUCAUGAAGAUCGUCUAUUACCAAUAGCACUACCGAAUUCCAUCUGCAGUUGUGGAGAAGAAAAGUACAGUGUUGGAAUAGGGAGGUCUAUUACUGUAAUCAACAUGAAGGGUCGCUAUGAACUGUCAUUGCCCCAUCUUCGCUGUGAGCAAUGCAGAGAAACAUGGAUACCAGGUGUGCUAGAAAUGCAGAAGAGUGGCUACUGGCCUGCAACUGUAAACUUCUGUACCAUUUAUGAUGAGGAAGUCUUCAUGUCCUUCGAAGACUUGAAAAUGGCUGCUCCAGGAUUGUCCCGUUUAGCAUUCAUAAGAAUGCUUGACAUGAAGACAGUGCACUAUGGCAGAAUCGGCACUUUAUGUGGUGAUGCGUUUUUGAAGAGUUAUUUCGAGUGGUCCAUCUGCCGUUAUGAGGUUGACAAGAUCUGUGGUGAACAACAUUUCAUGUGCCCUGCUUGUACCCCACUAAUGCUGGCAGUUGCUGUGGAUGGCAACAGAAAACUUCAUCGUUUCAAAAAGGCUGGGAAUUCAGAGGACUCGGGCUACUUCGAAGGGUUGUUUCUUUGCAAGGAUGAGGAUGUAUCCUCUUUUGUUCAAUAUAUCCGCAAAAAAGUUCAACAUGUGGGAGGCAAAGGUGUUUGUGGAGCUGCGGAGUUUGCAGCUGCGAAAGAGUUUUCCAGAAAGACCAGCAGUAAAUUGGAUGAGGAGGGAGUUGAAGUUGCUGUCUGUAGGCAUGGUGUUCUUUUGAGGGCACUCAAUAUGUUCAGAGGAGAAAUCUAUGCAUAUCCUUUGUACUUGCAGAAAGAACUCUGCACAAAAAAUGCAACUUUCUUUUGUGCUGACAUUAUGUGCAAAUACUGGCCAUACUUGAUAAAAGUUUGCCAGGCCUGCCCAGAACUGAGACAUCUACUAAAUAUGAAACCAUUCCUUUCAGUUAUGCAUGCAAAAGUACAUGGCAUAAAAUGUGAGAUCAAAUGGAGUGGUAGCUUUCAAACGGGUGCUGCAUAUACCAUGGGGGAAGAAGUAGAACAAACAAAUAGCUUUUUAUCAAGAAUUGGUAUAAGUACGAAGUUCAUGUCUAAAGCAGGUCGCACAGAUUUGCUCACAUUGCAGUGUAUGGGGUGGAACAAAAUGAAGACUCAAAAUAUGUGCCAAACUAUUUGCACACGAUACCAAAAGACUCAGCAGAAUCUAAAGAAAGAGACCGAAAGCCUACAAGACAUGAAAAAUGAACUGGCUGUAGAUGAUGGUGUACUCCAUCAGUGGGUCACAGAUGUUCAGGAGUGGGCUCACACUACAACUGUAGGAGACAGUGAUGCUGCAAUUCAGACAACAAGGAACACAAUAGAAGAAUUGUCUUUGUGCAUUAAACAACGGCAGCAUCGUCUUUAUAGACACACUGCCACAAACAAGGGACGGAAUAAAAUAAGGAGAAAACUUAAUGAGGAGAAAAAGAAGCUGGCUUUUGCCAUUGAACAGCACAAUGCCCUUGUUGACCCCGCCCUUAAGGUAGCGUCCGCUGAAGAAGUCCUUCAAAAUGACUUCGUUUUCCCCUGGCAACUAACAGAGCAAGAUGAUGUCAAUCUCUUGACAAAGAAAAAAGUAUUUGACAAGGUAAUGCUGAUUCAACGCCUAGAAGAAGAACAGACUGUUCUUGUUCAAGAGGCAAAGCAGCAUUGGCUGAAUCUAAGAAGUCAGGAACACAAACUGAACAGUUUGCUUGAUACCAUCAUUUCAGGUGUUAACCCCUGGAAUCUUCCAGAUGAUGGGAUUCAAGGACUUCAAUGUGUCUUGAAGAGAAAAUUACAUCAGUUAAGAGCUCACCAGGACACUGUAAAAACAAGUUAUCAGGCAAUAGACACCAUAAACCAACAUAUUACUGUUGAAGAAUGUGAAUAUCCCAGCUGGCCAGAAGACUCAGAAGCCCUUUAUUCAAGCACUGAUCUGAGCUCUGAUGAAGACGAUACAUGUCUGUUGUAGUUAUUUACUAAAUACGUUGCAGUUUUUUUUCUUUCACUUUAUCUAUUACUCCUCUUUCUCCAUCUGUCUUUUUUUCCCUCUGUUUGCAUGUGUGCUUGCCUUAUAAAAUGGGAGAUGAAAUAUUAACUGUUUAAGGGAUGGAUUAAAAUGUUAAUUUGUGUUUUUCUGAUGGGAUUUACUUUUACAGACAUAUAUCCUGCGCAUUUUUACAGACAUGUACUAUAGUGGAUUGCUGGGAUUGGGGGCGCAACAGAAGAUUAUUUCAAAAUCUAAACAAUGAUAAAUAAAAAGUAAUUAUAUUUACUUGUUGUUACUUGUUGUAUUCUUUAAGAAAAUCGCUUUAAAUUGUAAAUUCAUAUAAAUAAUGUAGUGGGAGACAUACAUUACUAUAUACAAUGUUCAUUUCUUUGUGACAUUAAUAAAUAAAUUACAAACAA